CAGCAGAAAGUUGCUUCUUUCUCCUAGUAAGUUCCCUUCGUCACGACCUCUCUCUCUCUAAUAACGUAGUAUGUUAAGAACCAGUUCAAUCAGUUCUUUUAGUAUUCUUUUUUCUCAUAACUUGAGAGGAUGACUUUAUAAAUUAAGAGAGAUUUUAGAGAGUGAAUUCGAACCAAAAGUUGUGCUUAGGUGAUCCGUCUAAUACCUUAAUCAACUAAGAUUGUGAUUUUACUGGGCUUGUUAUAUAUCAAUUAGUUAUUGAUUCGGGUCACUUUCUUUUACUAAACUUCGACAGGAACACACGUGCAAGUGCAACCAACAAGUCUGGAUUGUGGGGAUAAAGGUUGUUGUCAGAGUAUUUCUUACUGGUGUGUCGUCUGCUGCAGAUGAGAAGAAACGAUAUGGAUAAGCAAGAAGAAGGUUCCGCCCCGAUGACAGAACAAAAGAGUAGACCAACUAAUUAAGAAAGAUUAUUAUGUCGUCAAUUAAGAAUAAAAAACGAAUAUAAUGAAUUAUACAAAUAAUGAUUGCAAAAUAAUUAUUAUACACUUAAUUUGUCAGAAAAACGAAAACUAUCCUCGUCAAGCUAUGAUUUUUUCUUUGCUCUUGUGGGUUUUAUAUUAUGUUCUCUACGCAAUGUUACGUUCAAUAUUACUACGGGUAGGUUUGGAUAGCUGGAUUUGUAUUUGGAUUUUGUAUUUGAAUUUUCAAAUUCCAAAUUUUAGCUUUUGGCAGGCCCAUGAAUUUAGUAUUUGAAUUUGGCCGAAAUCCAUCAUGUAUUUCGGCCUUCAGAAAUAAGAAUAUUUCAAAUACACGCUGGACGGUACUGAUUCUAAAAUACAAUCCGAAGACUGAAGCCGCACUGUAUCCAGAGGCAAAUCGUUCCCUUCGCCGCCAUCUCGCUUCAUCUUCUCAUUUCUCAUCCACCAUCCAUCGUGUUGGCACCGCCACUGCCCACCGCCCUCCAUCCGCAACCAUGGUCACCGAUUAAUCUCCUUCUCCUUACCCACCGCUACUGCCCACCGCCCUCCAUCCGCAACCAGAAGCUCGCCUGCCCUCCACCGACUACCAUUUGCCCGUUUCCCUUCUUCGUGUUCUUCGAAUCUUGGAGGUAAGUGAGAUUUCGUACUUUGGAUUUAUUUGCUACCGUUUGAUACAGCUUCUGAAUACUAAACUUCCAAUACCCAAUCCCUUAAUGCGCAGAUCUGACCAUCAACUUCGUUUCUUAUCCAGCAGGUCACUGCCCUCCAUCGGCGACCACUAGCUUGCCUGGCUGCUGCGAUUUAGUUGCUACUCAAGGUAAAAAGAUUGCUGAAUGUUUCAAUUUGUUUGCUACUCUAGGUUCAUUUGAUUUUGCUUCUACAAACUAAGUUUCCACCAUCCCAACCCACCUGUGUUCUCACCUUGGGCUUCAAUUUGCGAGUUGGAAGUUUGUUCUUCUGUUAUAGCCUAUUUUGCUCGUUGCUCAUACUAUUUGUUCUAACUUUGAAUGGGUUUAUUAGUUUUGGGCGUUUGGGUUGUGGAUAUGUGUUUUCGGGUUUCUUAUUGUGGCGUUUGUCUGCGUAUUAUUGAAACCUUUCAUUGUACCUCAACUUAGCUGGUACUACCUAAGGAUGCUGGAAGAGAUUUGCUCCAGGAUUGAUCCCUAUCAAAACUCGGUAGCUAACCGGGGCAACUCCAGAUAUGGUAUUUUGUUAUGUGAAAGUUUAGAGGACUGGUUUAGAAUUAGAUAAACUUCUGUGUGGAAUUUUGUCGGUUCUUUUGCUAUUGUAAACAUUAGACGCCAUGUAAUUAAUAACUUAGUAAAAGUGCUUCAAAAUCAAAUAAAUAACAAGGGAGAUGAUUAUCUCCAGUGGGUGUUCUGUAAUCUCAAAAAGUUGCAUAGGCUUGGAUCACUAAAAGCUAAUCCAUCUUGAUAAGGAAUGCCUCUGAUCGUAGUUGGGGGAUCUACAUAUGUUGCUUCUACUCCAUGAAGUGGUAUAUAAUUCCCUCUUUGUGUCGUGUUGAACUGUUGCUAUGCUUGUUUGGUUUCUUCUUUGUUUGGGUAGUGUAUUUGUGUUUUCCCGUUCAUUGUUGUGUCGUGUUGAACUGUUACACCUGGUGAAAAAAGAAACCAAAUGACACAGUGAAACAACCCCUAAACUGAGAUGGCAGCUUCUAGUUUGAAUAUGAGCAGUAAUUAUGCCAACUUCAAUUUGGUAGUGUGCGGGACAUAUCCCACCUUUACUUCUUGCUAGAUUGUAUGCCAACUCAUUUUGAGAAGUGAGUUGCAGGAGUUCCAUAGCUAGACCCACCAUAGUAGUCUAAUAUAUAUAGUGCCAAUAAAUUUUCUAGGUUGUUUUCUUGUUCUCCUUUUUUUAGUUAGUGUGACCUGUUUUCUUUUUCCUUUAUACAGUAAUGAUAAUUGCGCCUAAAACUGAACCCUUAUGCAGUUUUUAUGUGUGGAUUUGCAGAAUUAAAACAAAUCUUAUCUGGAUCAUAUCUUACAAAGUAUGGAUGAAACUAGGAGAGAGAUAGUUAGGUAUAAGCUUAAGAGAGACGAGGAAGAGGAAGAAGAGGAGUUGAUUGUGUUGGUAAUUGUAUUUCUAGCAAUUUUUAUUGGUUCCCUCUUUAUGCCUGCAAAAAAUAAGUCAUAUGCUAAACAAUUUGAGCGUAGAUUUUUUCGUAGAAGAGAUCAUUUAGAUAUUAUACUUUCUCAACCAAUAUGUGUUGAGCAAUUACACAUCAAACCACAAGCUUUUGAGAAACUGUGUCCCAUCUUGCAAAAUAAGGGUGGUUUAGUUGCUUCAAGACAUGUGUCUAUUUCAGAAAUGGUUGCGUUCUUUUUGCAAACCUUAGCGCAUUGUAUGCGAAAUAGAACAAUUAAAGCUACUUUCCUUCGUUCGGGGGAAACUAUUAGUAGACAUUUUCACGAGGUGCUACGAGCAGUUUUACAUAUCGGCAGUGAUUAUAUCAAAGAAAGCACACAAGUUCUUAGCUCUGGAGAUGCUGAAAAAUGGAAAUGGUUUCAGGGUGCAGUUGGAGCUCUUGACGAGAUCUUUCUUCCUUUAACUGUACCCGCCGAAGACGAGUCUAGAUAUCAAAGUAGAAAAGGCAAGAUUAGUACAAACGUUUUGGUUGUUUGUGAUGCUAAUCUGAGGUUCACUUAUGUUCUGCCCGGUUGGGAGGGAUCAGCUUCAGAUUCUCGAAUGUUGCGUGAUGCUCUAUCACGGGAAAAUGGUCUUAAAGUUCCUAAAAGUAGGCUUCUGUGAACUCUAUCUAAUGUUCUUUGGGUAUUAUCUAUUAAAGAUUACUUAAUGAUUCUGUUUUUCUUUCUUAUUAAAUUUGUAAAUAAGUACUAUCUUGUGGAUGGGGGAUAUGCCAACGAGCCUGGUUUCUUAGCUCCUUAUAGGGUGACUCGAUAUCAUUUACAACUUUGGCGAGGGAAUACUCCUAAGAACUAUAAGGAGUUAUUUAACCUUAGGCAUUCCUUAGCUAGAAGUUACGUUGAAAGGGCAUUUGGAUUGUUGAAGAAAAGAUGGGGCAUUUUGCGUGCAGCUGGCUUUUAUGACGUGAAGACUCAAGUUAGGAUCAUCAAUGCUUGUUGUAUCCUUCACAACUUCAUUCGUGAUGAGUGUCCUCAUGAUGCACUAUUGGAUGAAGUAGAUCAAGAGUUGGAAGAUGCUUUAGAUAACGAUUCAUAUGACUCUGAUGAAGAUGAAAUCACGACAGUGAGGGCAACCAAUGAGUGGACUUUAUUUAGAGAUAAUUUAGCUAAGGAAAUGUUUGAACAAUAUAAAGCAAUUUCUCGCUCGGAGAGCUCGGAGUUAGUUCUGUAUUUUCUGUUAGAUAUGCCAUUGUAACUGGAAUCAACAUUGCUCUUAGUUAUUGUUUGCCUCGGUAACGAAAUCAACAUUGCUCGUACUUAUUUAUUCUUAUGUGCUGCAGCUUUGGCUGGAUUUCCUUGUGUUAUAUCCUUGUUUCCUUGUUCUUUUAAGAACAUUCACAAUUGAUUCUGUAUGGUUUGGUACCUGCUGCCUUAAUCAAGUGCAGUAAAUUCUGCAGCAAACAGUGCUGCAAAUUCUGCAGCAGACAGUUGGUUCUGUAUGGCAUUUGUUGUUUCUAUAUCUAUACUGCUGGUGUAUGCUUGCUUGUACACUGAUCAACUCAAUGUUUAUGAGGUUUGUUGCACACUGAUCAGGUAUAAAGUGAUUGAAACUCUUGCUGGUUGUUGUCAGUACUAGAUUUCAUAGUCAGGGUAUUUAUUGCAUUGAUUUAUUUAUAGAGUUUGACCGAGUUUAGUAGCUAUUUAUGUUUCAGGGUUCAUUUGUUUGAGUGGCCUGCUGAAGUGAUCUACCUGUUUGUUCUUAUUGUUGUAGGAAUGAAGCGACAAGGAAGUAUUUUACCCGGUAAAUCUCGUGUUUAUCGCCAAUGGGAUUCACAUAUGGACAAGAUAUUAAGUCGAGUGUUACUGGAUCAAAUAGUUCAACGGAAUAAGGGUGAUGGAGACUGGAAGACGCAAGCAUACCAAGCAGUUGUGGAUCAACUUCGCACUGACUUGGCAAUCAAUGUGACUAGAGAUAACGUCAAGAACCGACUUCGGGCAUGGAAGAAACGCUAUGAGUGAUAGCUGAUAUUCAAAAGCGAAGCGGAUUGAGCUUUUGGGAUGAAGAUAAGAAGAUGAUCGUAGUUACAGCUGAUAAUAUGAGUGAUUGGCAAUCUUAUUGCAAUGUAAGGUUCUUUUCCUCUUAUGCAUGUUCCUCUAGAAUUUGGGUCUUGUGUAGUGGUUUCUUUGAAUAGUGGUGUAGUUGGCUGGUAGUUUCCUGCAAACAUAUCAACAGCUUCUUCCUCUGCAAAGUGCUAAAGAAGCUAAGAUCUUAAUUUUGAAGAUAGUAUUGUUUGGGGAAGGCAAUUCUAUAUUCAUCACAAAUCUGCAGGGAUUGCACUUUCUUUGUGAUUCUUUAGUUGUGCAGUUUCAGUGUUCUUUGCAAGAUCUAUAUCCGAGUUGUUGUAGAUUAUGGUUGUUCUGAUUAUGGAUUGCACUUUCUUUGCGAUUAUGGUUGUUCUGAUUUAAAUGAAAUUGCAAGAUCUAU